UCUGAGGUGUAACUAACAUAACCUCAAACUCUAACAACAAAACAAACAAACAACAGUAAUAACAAUAACAAAUUUAGGUCUAGCUAUGAAUGAAACCUAUUAUACUAAACUUGAACCUGUGUUAUUUUAGUUAUGUAAAAUGUGUGGUAUAUUUUGCAUGGUGUCAAAAUUUGAUAACCGGACAGAUCAUGAAAAUAAAUCCCAACAUGAUCGGUGUUCAGAACUUCAUAAAUGCCCUUGUGAUAAAAUAGAAAAAUAUCUUGGACAUAGAGGCCCAGACAAAGUACAUGAUAGAAGAUCAAAUUUGUCGGAAAAUUGGGAAGGCUGUUUCAUUGGCAGUGUCUUGCGGACCCAAGGUGACGAUACUGUCAGUCAGCCGAUUGAAGAUGAAAAUGGCAAUCUUUUCUUAUGGAAUGGAGAUGUCCUGUAUGGAGCUUUGAAAACUGAUUUUGAAUGUGAUUCAAAAGUAGUGUUUGAGGGAUUCAAGUCAGAUCCUAUUUCCACGGUUGUCAAAAUCGGAGGUCCAUAUGCUUUUGUGUUCUGGAAUGCCUCAAGACGCCAGCUGUGGUUUGGCCGAGACGUUUUAGGACGGACCAGCUUGUUGUGGCACGUCUCUCCAGUCCAUGUAACGUUAACAUCUGUAGCUCACAAACACUCCAGCUUUUCUGAGGUACCGGCCCUUGGUGUUUACAUGGUCGAUCUCGCCGAGGAAAACCAAGUUGAGAUCCAGUUUUAUCCUUGGGCUCAUUUGAAAACAAAUUUUUCCACCUUGUCAGACAUUCCAGUUACUACUAGAAAUACAAUAGUCCAUUGUACAUUGGGAGACAGGUCGAGCCGCCUGACUUGGUCUGAAGGAGAACCCUCUUUGGAUGAGCUAGCUAUAUACCAGGAACAAACCUCAUUCGCAUCUCUCUUAGAACACUCUGAAAUAUCCUACAGAGUACAGAACUUACUUGAAGUUCUAACAGAGUCAGUGAAGUGUAGAGUUACAACACAUCCAGAAGUUUGUAAGAACUGUGUCAGAAGCUGUAAUCACUGCAGUGUCGCUGUUUUGUUCUCGGGAGGCCUUGAUUCUACGAUUCUAGCCAUCCUCGCUCAUCAAUUUGUGCCUGUCAAUAAGCCAAUAGAUAUGUAUAAUGUGGCUUUUCAGCAAAAAAAUGGAAGUUUUGAAGUUCCUGAUAGGCUUACUGGACAAGCGUCGCUAAAAGAGUUGAAAACUCUUGCACCUAACAGACUAUGGAAUUUCAUUCAGAUAGACGUGACCCGAGAGCAGUUGGAUGAAAUGCGUACACACACGGUUACAGACCUGCUUCACCCCCUGAUGUCUGUACUUGAUGACAGUAUUGGAUGUGCAUUAUGGUUUGCCGCUCGGGGGGAAGGAGUGUUGAACGGCCUCAAGUAUUCAUCUCCAGCGAGGGUGGUGCUGGUAGGCAUGGGAGCAGAUGAGCAGCUGGGAGGUUAUACAAGACAUCGUAACACUCUGCGUCACACAGGACAGUGGGCAGCGUUGGGGCGAGAACUGGCCUCAGACACGGACAACAUUGCCCGUCGCAAUCUGGGGCGUGACAACCGCAUCAUGGGGGACCAUGGACGACAACCUCGCGCACCCUUUCUAGACGAGAGAGUUGUAGCUUACAUAGACACUCUGCCUCCUUGGCACAGAUGUAUUCCAGUGACUGCUUGGCCGCCUGGGAAGGGAGACAAACUACUGUUGCGUCUGUUAGCGCACAGGCUAGGACUGUCCAACGCUGCAACAUUUCCCAAGAGAGCGCUGCAAUUUGGGUCUAGAAUCGCAAACUCUAGAGAAAAAGCCGACCAUGCAUCCCCACGACUGUGAAAUAAAAAGCAUUUUUACUGAUGAAGGUUUCUUUUUAA